GAGACCUAGGAGCAUCUUGGAAGGAACCAUGGAGCGAAACUCACUCUUAACAGACGUGCGGGACACAGACAUCUCUGCCCGGACCGGUAUAAAACCGAACUCCAGCUCACGAUUCACCGGGGAAACCGGCGCUCCGACGACACAUGUCGGUCGGCAAGAAGACGGCCGAGGCAUCGGCCAACGGCGGCGGCGGUUGCCAGCCGACGGCGCCGUCCCGCGGGAGCGCCCGGUUCGAGCGCCUCCUGUCCGGGCUGGGCGCCGGCCCGCUCGUGGACGUGGAGCCCGACAAGGUCAAGGACGAGAUCCGGCGAUGGGCCAAGAAGGUGGCGGCGCUGGUGCGCCAGCUCAGCUUCAGUGCCUGGCCGGAGAAGAGCGGCGGCUCGUCGGAGGACCAGGGCGCAAGCGAUGAUGCGUCCGAAAGCUGAGCAGCUAAGCUGAAGAAGAUAACUUUCCCAGGCGGGCAAUAAGAAAACAACUCCGCAGAAAUGGUGGCAACCGUCGACGGGCACCAUGCACCAGCAGCCCAGACGCCGCAGGCGACAUGCAAAAUGGAGAAUUCAUUAAUCACCUUCGUUCUUUCAUUCAUUCAGUGUGCUGAUUUUACCUCCAUUCUGUCAAACUCAAUAAAAUUUCGCUGCAUGUCAUGCACGUGAAUAAUAAUAAAUUGCAGCUGGCAUAUUUCUCCUGUAAA